AUGGCGAAGAAGAUUCGUGAGGCUAUUCGUCGAAUGGAUGACCGCGAACGAACGAAAGCGGAGCGAAAAUUGAAAGAGGAAACAUACAAAGAGUUACGACAAGAGAAUAUUGAACGAAUGAUGCGAGGAGAACGACCAGUUUUCAAAACCAAAGCAAAGGUUCGUCUGAUGCAGAUGGAAAAGAAGUUCGAUCAGCUGAAAAAGAAUAAUAAGCUCGAUGACUACAUGAAGAGGAAGGCGAAGAAAGAAGCUCGGAAGGAUGUGAAAAGGAAGCCGGUAUUUGAGCAGAAGUACGGGUACCAGGAAUAG